AUGUCAUACAAACUACCCGAUAUCUCAACUCUUCCUACAUUACCACAAGCUGAACAAGAUGAGGUUCUUACUCAUCUUUUCGAACCAUCAGAAACUUUAUUCACAUAUCUAAGACCUUAUCUAUCAACUUCAUACUCUUCAUAUAUUGAACUUAUAGAAACUUCUAGAACAGCUUUUCUAAAGCUAGUGGAUGAUAAAGAAAGGGAUGAUUUGAUUAAAGAUUCAAGAAUUGGUGAUAUUAUCGCAUGUCAUCCAAGAUUAGGAGUUCCAAAGACAACAAAAUUAAGUGAACAUUCAAGUAAAGAGCAAAAAUCAUUACAAUCUGAUGAUGAAACGAUCAAAAAAUUCGUCACGUUGAAUGAGACUUAUGAAUCUCAAUUCCCUGGGUUAAGGUUUGUUUGCUUUGUUAAUGGACGUCCCAGAGAUGAGAUUGUUGGGAUUUUCCAAGAUAGAAUUGAUAAGAAUGAUUAUAAACAAGAAGUUAUUGAUGCGUUGAAUGCAAUGUGUGAUAUUGCUAUUGAUCGUUACAAAAAAAUUCAACCAAAGAUUUAA